GAAGGAGGAGAGCGCCGGAGACGGAGAAGGAAAAGCUGCGGGGCUCCGGGCGAGACAGCUGCGCGGGGGCUGGAGGAGGAGGAGAGGAGGAGGAGGAGGCGCCAGCCUUUGGCACCUUUUGGAGGGUCUUCCUUUUGGAGAGAGUUUUCCGCCCCGCCGGCUCUUCUGCUUCCUCGCCUCGUCCGGGCGCUUCGAUGAGAAGCCGCUCCGAUCGAUGCUGUUGCGGCGGCUGCUCCAGUUCUCCGCGCCGGCAGCUGGGAGAUAAUGGCCAGGAGUUGAAGAAGGACUAAGAAGCGGGAGGCGGGGAGAGAAAGGAAGGAAAGGAAGAAAAGGGAAGAGGAGGAGGGGGAGAGGGGAGACCAGCGGCCCCAGACCUCGCGCGACCUCUGCGGCGGCAGGGACUAGCCAGAAGCUUCCCCGGGCCCCGUCCACCUCACCCCAUUGCGUCCUUCCUGCUUCCCCCCCCCCUCUACGUGGGCUUCGCCCCGGCCAAACUUUCCCUCUUGUUCCCUUUCGCCAAUAUAGCGGCGGCGGCGCAAAGCGAUCCUUUGCAAUCCUUGCAAGGAUAAAAAGCCCAGAUCUUAUUUCUCAUUAGCAGGAGGCGCGUCAGUCGCCAAGCCCGACAGAUAGAUAGGACAGACCCACGCAGGAUAUUCAAGGCACUCGGGCACGCGCACCCUUCUUCCAGCUAGGGCGACGAACCGCCGGAGCGCAGUUUUCCCCUGGGUCGGCGCGGGGUGGGUGGGCGGCCAUGGCCUCUAGCUUGGCGCCGGCUGCCGGGAUCCCGCGGUGAGACUCGCUUAUGGUCGCUUGUGACGAGCGGCCAGCCCUGCCUUCGCCUCUUUGGGCCACGGUCCCCACGCGCUUUCCCCGGGGCCAGGUCCCUUCUGCCCGGCGGAGGGAAUCGGGGCAGGGUCUAAGAGGGGCGAAGCUGUGAAGCCCCGGCGCAGGAGAGAAGGGAGAAGGAGGAGGAGGAGAAGAAGAAGAAGAAGAAGCGACGCCGGCGGACUGACUUGGAUGAGUUUCUCCAUGAGAGAACCCGUGAUUCCUGGGACCAGUAUGGCUUACCACCCCUUCCUACCUCACCGGGCGCCGGACUUCCCCAUGAGCGCCGUUUUGGGACACCAGCCUCACUUCUUCCCGGCUCUGGCCUUGCCACCCAACGGAGCGGCCGCUCUUUCCCUGCCCGGAGCUUUGACCAAACCGAUUAUGGAUCAACUGAUCGGGGCGGCGGAUUCCGGCCUCCCUUUUUCCACUUUGGGACACCAAGCCGCGGCUCACUUGCGGCCUUUGAAAACGCUGGAGCCGGAGGAAGAGGUGGAGGACGACCCCAAAGUCCACCUGGAAGCCAAGGAGCUGUGGGAGCAGUUUCACAAACGGGGCACCGAGAUGGUAAUCACCAAAUCGGGAAGGAGAAUGUUCCCACCUUUUAAAGUGAGGUGUACGGGUUUGGAUAAAAAGGCGAAAUACAUUUUAUUGAUGGACAUUGUAGCUGCAGAUGACUGUCGAUAUAAAUUCCAUAAUUCGCGGUGGAUGGUGGCUGGGAAAGCCGAUCCCGAAAUGCCGAAAAGAAUGUAUAUCCAUCCGGAUAGCCCAGCCACGGGUGAACAGUGGAUGUCAAAAGUGGUCACCUUCCACAAGCUGAAACUGACCAAUAACAUCUCGGACAAACACGGAUUUACCAUCUUAAACUCUAUGCACAAAUACCAGCCUCGGUUUCACAUCGUCCGAGCCAACGAUAUCCUGAAGCUACCUUACAGUACAUUCCGCACUUACGUUUUUCCGGAAACGGAGUUCAUUGCUGUCACAGCCUAUCAGAAUGAUAAGAUCACCCAGUUAAAAAUCGACAACAACCCUUUUGCCAAAGGCUUCCGGGACACGGGGAAUGGAAGGCGAGAAAAGAGGAAACAGCUGACUCUUCAGUCUAUGAGAGUUUACGAGGAAAGGCAGAAGAAAGAGACUUCGGAUGAGUCCUCCAGCGAGCAAACAGCGUUUAAAUGCUUUGCUCAGUCCACAUCUCCAGCUGUGUCCACCGUGGGUACCUCUAACCUUAAAGAUCUGUGUCCCAGCGAUGUUGAAAGCGACUCGGAGAGCAAAGAGGACCCCAUGGAAGCCAACGAGGUUGGGAAGAUCUCUACCACCACGGCCAACAUCCUCGCCCUCAGCAGCAGCUCCUCCUUGGCGGGAGGAGGAGACGGGACAGACCCCCGGGAAGGGGGAAAGAACAGCCCUCCCAAACCUCCCAUUUUCCCACCAGACUCGGCCAGCAGCAGCCGGGGGGAGUGCGUCUCGAAAAUGCCUCCCGAUUCCCAGCACAGCCCAGCCGCCAUCUCUUCCAGCACCCGGAAUUUGGGCGGCGGAGAAGAACUCAAGAACCAGGAUGAAUGCAGGAUGCUCAACAAAGAACCCUUCGCGCCCUUAACUGUCCAGACGGACAAUCCUGGCCACCUGGCCCAGAGCCACCUCUCCAACCUAACUUUUCCCCAUGGCCUGGCCAGCCAACAAUUCUUCAACCCCCUGAGCAACGGGCACCCUUUUCUGCUCCAUCCUAGCCAGUUCGCCAUGGGGGGAGCGUUCUCGGGCAUGGCCGCCGGCAUGGGGCCUCUGCUGGCCACCGUCUCCGGGGCGUCCGCGGGAGUGGCUGGCCUAGACAACACGGCGAUGGCCACAGCAGCUGCCCAAGGAUUAGGUGGGGUUUCCGCUGCAGCUGCUGCAGCCGCCUUACCGUUUCAUUUUCAACAGCAUGUCCUGGCUUCACAGAGCCUGGCGAUGUCCCCCUUCGGCAGCCUCUUCCCCUAUCCUUACACUUACAUGGCGGCGGCGGCGGCGGCCUCGACGGCCUCCCCGAUGCACCGGCACCCGCCAUUCCUGAACGCCGUGCGCCCUCGCCUGCGCUACAGCCCUUACUCUCUCUCGGUGCCUCUGCCGGACAGUAGCAGCGGCAGCUUGCUCACCACCGCCCUGCCGCCUUCCCUGGUCGGCGGUGGCACGGAAGGAGGCAAAGGCGGAGCUUUAGCGGGCAGCCCCGGCUUGGGCACGUUGGAUUCCUCUGGUUCGGAGCUCAACAGCCGCUCUUCCACCCUCUCUUCCUCCGGCUCGGACAAAGAAGCCACCAGCGAGCUCCAGAACAUCCAGCGUUUAGUGAGUGGACUCGAGUCGAAGCAGGACAGAGCCAGGAGCGGGUCGCCCUAGGGGGGGGAGGGGGGAGUCAGCGUCCUCUACCUCCCCCCCUGGCUAUAGGGAAGGAGGGGCACCUCCAAUUUCCCUCCCCCCCCACACGCUUUAUGGGCCCAACCGCCCUCUCCAAAUUGGGCAGCGGGAGUGUGUGGGGCUAGGGUCGCGCUGGAGAUGGACCGAACGCGCGAAGCGAGGAGGGAUGGGGGGGGGGGGCGCUGCUGGAAGCUGCUAUGAACCACUGUUUUGUCCACUGGAGGCAGGUGUGAAUUCUGGGGUCCUCUCCCCUUCCUCCCCCCUCCCCUUUCGUUCGUGGUUUUUUUUGGGGGGGAGGGGGUCCCUGCCUCCCCUUAAAGAUCAAAAGAGAGACGGGCAGAGAAAUGGAUGACCUCUUCCCCCACCCCCACCCGCCCACCCCCCAGGGAGAAUUUGGGGUGGGGUUUUUUUGCGUAGCAGUUCCUUCGAAAAUCAAGGCGAAAAGGGGGGGGGAGAAAAAGCGGAUCCUUUUAAUGGUUUUGGGGGGGAGGGGGUCCCUGCCUCCCCUUAAAGAUCAAAAGAGAGACGGGCAGAGAAAUGGAUGACCUCUUCCCCCACCCCCACCCGCCCACCCCCCAGGGAGAAUUUGGGGUGGGGUUUUUUUGCGUAGCAGUUCCUUCGAAAAUCAAGGCGAAAAGGGGGGGGGAGAAAAAGCGGAUCCUUUUAAUGGUUUUGGGGGGGAGGGGGGGCUACGGCUAGUUUGUUUAUUUUUGCAUGGUUCGUUCCAAAACGUUUUAUUUUGUGACAGCCCCCCACUCCAUAAAUGCUUGCUUAAGGUCCCCAGAGCAUUAAAUAUGUAUGUGUGUUUGUGUGUAUGUACGUAUGUGUGCAGAUAGUAUGUCUACACACAUACAUUUAUAUGUGUGUGUAUGUGUAUGUGUGUGUAUGUAUGUAUAUAUGUAUUCUGAUUAUAUAUAUAUAUA